GUUGAACAGUGCUAUCGUUGGUCAGGUCCUCUCAUUAUUGAAGAUGCGACAUACCUCUACACUUGACGCAGCGCUGCUGCCUCUAUUCGUCCACUUCACCUGUCCAUAUGAUAUCUGUUAAAAUUCCCUCCCUUUUCCCUUUGUUUCGUUGAUUACACCCUGUUUGGAAACAUUCGACAAAUUUUUAGCCUCUCCACAAUGAGACACUCUGGAGUUUCACUGAUCCUGGCGCUGGUCGCCGCCCCUUUCGCAGCCGCUGGGCGAGCCUGCAAUAAUGCUGAGGAGCUGUGCGAUACUUCGUACGACCAGAUGACACAUCUCGGAGCGCACGAUUCGCCAUUCCUCCGUGACUCUUCAACCGGUUUCUCUUCUUUCGGUAAUCAGUUCUUCAACAGCACCGUGCAGCUCGACGCUGGUGUUCGACUACUUUCGGCGCAGAUUCACGUGGCCGCGAACAAGGAUACAAAUGCCCGAGAGAUCCAUCUCUGCCACACAUCAUGUGGACUAUUCGAUGUGGGGACGCUCCAGACAUGGCUUUGGGAGAUCCAUCUGUGGAUGGCGGCGAACCCCAACGAGGUGGUGACGCUGGUGUUGGUCAAUACGGAUGGCAUCACUGCGGUUGAGCUGGAGACCGAGUAUGCACGAGCCGAUAUCGCACACUUUGGAUAUGUUCCCGAGAACAUCAAUCACGCACCUGCACCUUCUAGCGAGUUCAAGAAGACAUGGCCAACGCUGGGAAAGAUGAUCGACGAGGGCUCGCGGCUCGUCACCUUCGUCCAGCCGUUAAAUCCAGACAAGAUGAACGCUCCAUAUCUUCUCAACGAGUUCGACUUUGUAUGGGAGAACGCAUACGAUAUACGCAAUGCGACAGAAUUCGCCUGCAAGCCCGAUCGACCCUCCAACACGACGACGGUCGACCAGGAGCGCGACUCCGGCAAGCUGAUGCUGAUGAACCACAUGCUGUACUGGCAGCAAGCCAUGGGCAUCGAAGUCCCCGACAUUCGCAACAUCAAUGAUACAAAUUCCUGGGAUGGCACAGGAGGCCUCGGUGAGCACAUGACGAAAUGCGGUCAGGAUGUCGCAAAGCAGCCGACGUUCGUGCUUGUCGACUUCUUCAAUGUUGGGCCAGCGAUCAAGGCGGUCGACAACUUCAACGGCGUGGAUGCACCAGUAGGCCGGAAGAAUGUGACAACAGAGGUCAUCGCAGGGGGUGCGGGCAACAACUACUACGUCAAUGCUGGUGAAAAGACGAGCAGCAACGCACGGGCUGCGCUGGUCGUGGUCUUGCUGGGAAUUGCUCUUUGUACGUAGUUGGCACAAUUGGACUGAAUAGGGAUGAGACAAUCGAUAAUCACAC